AUGAAAUCUAUAACUCCAGAAGAAACACGAAACAGUAUACAGCAAUGUAAUAAACGAGCAAUAAUACAAACUCAUGUUCAACAAUGCAAUAGUAUUUCUAACAGAUGGAAGGAGGCUAGCUCGUCACAAUCGGCGCUCUGCAUAUCUUCCGAAAAGCUUGCCGACUACGAUAGCAGUAGAGUUAGUUACAGUGAUCAAGGACAAAAUCUCUUAAUCACCUGUGUAUUUCCCGUUUCUCGCCGCAUGCUUUUAUUCCCUAGAAACGGCACUUUAAAGGAAUUUCGACAAUUAGCUGAAGAAAAAUUCAAAAAUACUCUGGUCCCCGUAGCUUAUAAAACCUUUGAUGGCUUUAUAAUUGAUUUAGUUGACCAAGAGGAUUGGAAUGUUGCGCUUUGGGAAGCGAUAAGAAACAAAGAAAAUAAAGUUAAAAGGAUUGAA